AUGCCCAUUACGCGCAAGCUGGCUGCCUUUGCAGUCUUUGGCGUUAGUCUAAUUGCGAUCGGGACAGGCAUUGGAGGCAUGUACAUCCGCGUGACCUGUUGGUUGACCAAGCUCGCAGUGAUUGUGACUACCGAGAUCUCCAGCUUCAUGUUCGUCGGCUGCAUGCACUUCAUCUCCCGGCUGUACCACCACUUCCGCGGCCCCACCACCACCGCGUUCAGCUCCAAGGGCGGCGCUUUGACCUUCGGCUGCUCAGGUGGUUAG